GCGACAGCACCCCUAGAGGUUCGCAACCUACCUAUGCAUGACUCUAGAAAUGUUUGAUAAACUUCUCCAAUGCAUCUGUGAAAGGAUCCGUUGCCAAGACACCCACCUCAGAAGGAGCAUCUCGCCAGAGGAAUGCCUCAUCGUAACCCUCAGCCAUUAUGUGAUCACAGUUCCUGCACACUUCAAGGAGGGGACCGAAGGGAAAGCCUGUGUAACCUUUCUUGAUCUGAAGGGGCCGACUGACAUUAAAAUAGAGCUGAAGCAUGAGGAACAAGUUCGCAUUGUGACUGAACAGAAAAUAACCGCUCACGAUCAUUCUGAGUGCUAUGCCUUCCAGGUCCCACAAAACAAAGAUGAUCAUUCCUGGUUCUUACAUGUAUCUGCACAUGGAGAAAACAUCAAUGUGGAUGAAAGCAAGAAAAUUACUAUCCUAAAAGCAGGAGAUGAUGUGUGCAUCAUUCAGACUGAUAAGUCAACUUACAAGCCGGGUGAUAUAGUGAAAUUUCGCGUGAUAUCCAUAAACUCUGAUUUUAAACCUCUAAAUAAACAGCAUCAUUUGGUUGAAAUAAUAGACCCACUUAAAAACCGCAUAGCACAAUGGCUGGAUGUGUCUACAAAGCAAGGAUUUGCAGAUCUUACCUUCCAUCUGGCUGAAGAAUUAUCUCUUGGAGAUUACAGAAUUAACAUUCCUGACGGCUGUGUAAAAUACUUUAGCGUUGCUGAAUAUGUGUCACAGAGGUUUGAGUUCAAUCUCAAUAUUCCAUCUGAAGUAUCCACAACAGAUAAAUCCUUUCACCUUGAAGCUUGUGGCAAUUAUAUUUAUGGAAAGCCAGUAGAAGGCGUCAUUGAUCUUUCGGUGUGUGCUACAGUAUGUGAGAAUAGAUGGUACUGCAGAACUUCCUUUGACGAAGAAGAAACAGUCAUGAAGAAUUGUAUAGACAUUAAAGGAGAAAAGACUGACGAUAAAGGAUGUGUCUCCAGAGAUAUUCAUCUUAGUCAUUUCAAUUUGUCAACCACAGAACACAAUCUUAUAGAGAUUAAAUCUAAACUGACAGAAGACGGCACAGGCCAUAGUGAGGAAGCAUCAGAUCAUCUAGACCUCAGUUCAGGAAAGAAAACUGUUAAAUUUGAGGAAUGUGAACGAUUUUACCGUAAAGGAUUUCCAUAUCAUGGCAAGGUUAAAGUCAGCGAUGAAAAGAAAAAGCCCAUGGUUAAUACAGCCUUAACAUUAGCUAUAAUGAACCAGGAAGAAAAUUAUAAUACCACACAUAUGAAUCUGGUGACUGAUUCACAUGGAAUUGCACAUUUUACUCUUGAAACCCAUGAAUGGCAAUCAGUGCUAGCGUUGAAGGUUCGUUUGUCAUCUGAUGAUCAAAACGGUGAAGAUGAAGACUAUAAUUUGUGGGAUUAUGAAGAAAGAUAUACUGAAGAUUGGCACUAUAUUGUACGCUUUUAUUCUAAAAGUAAAAGUUUGCUGUCAAUACAAAAGCAUCCAGAAGAGGUAUCAUGUAAUUCUGAGCAGUCAGCAACAGUCGAAUAUAACAUCCAUACGAACCUUGAUUCUGAUACGGAUCAUCUCCACUUUUUUUACAUCCUUUUAUCAAAAAGUGGAAUCUUCUCUUACAAGGAACAUACAGUAGAUGUUAAAGACCAGGCAAAAAGCCCAAAUCUGCAGGGUUCAUUCCCUCUAAAUUUCCAUGUGGAUGAAGAUUUCUUCCCAAGAUUCAGUCUUCUAGUUUUCUCUGUUCUGCCCAAUGGAGAGACAAUUGCAAUGGCUACAGAUUACAAUGUCUCACCAUGUGGAAAAAGCAAGGUGAAACUUAGCUUCUCUGAAGAACAAGUCCGACCUGGGGAAAAUGUGAACCUUGAAGUUACAGCAGAAGCCGGGUCCUUGUGCUCUGUGCGCUCUGUAGAUAAAGGAUACCUGCUCAAAAACCCUCAUUCUGAUAAUAAUCUGAUAUCAGAUGUGACUACAAGACUGAGGCAAGCUGGACAUGAAUAUUCAUACUGGUUUCUGGAACCUGGCCGUGAUGAAGACCACUGCCCUGAGAAUACCACAGCUAGAACUGAAGAAAUCUUUGAUGUUUACAAGUUAUUUUUGACACAGGAUCUACUGAUUUUUACCAACACUGAGGUAAAGGAACCAGUGAAAUGUGUCUCACAUGACAUUGCUAUGCGCUCCUCUAUCAAAAAGAAGAAACCUGGCCAUAAAGAAACCAAAAAAGAGAUCCAGAAACCUUUUACAAGAACUUACUUUCCAGACAAUUGGAUUUACAAGUUAGUUUCUAUCGGCUCAGAGGGACACACUGUACUGAAUCAAGAGACUCCUCACACUAUCACUAAGUGGGUGACUGAUGCCUUCUGCUUGGGCUCAUCUGGUUUUGCCAUUUCCGGUGAGGUUGAGCUCACCACAUUCCAACCUUACUUCAUUGACCUGAUUCUACCCCAAUCUGUAGUACAAGGAGAGAAAUUUACCAUACAAGCCGUGGUCUUCAGCUAUGUGAAGAAAUGUAUUCUGAUUGUGGUGUCAUUGUCUGAUUCAGAGGAUCUUCGAACAGCCAACGAAAAAGAUCAGUCCAGAUGUGUCUGUGAGGGGCAUUCACACAUGUUCUCCUGGGAUGUUUCAGCCAUAAAACCAAAAACACUAAAGGUUCAUGUCAACAGUGGAUCUAUAGAAGUGGAGGGAGACUGCAAACAGGAUGUACUAGCGAUUGGAGAAGAUCACAGAAAAGACUCUGUGGAAAAAACAAUUGUGGUCAAGCCGAGAGGAUAUGAGGAUGAAAAGACAAAGACGUUCUUACUUUUACCAUCAGACAACAGAGAGGCCCUUUCUAUUAAUAUCGAUACUCCGGAGAGACUAGUAGCAGGCUCUGAACGGGCACACAUCAUCAUUCUGGGUGAUCUCAUGGCCAAUAUCGUUGCUAACUUGGACGAUAUUGAUAGAAUGCCUGAUGCAUGUGCAGAACAGAACGCAGCAAAGUUUGCUAGAUAUGUUUACACACUGAAGUAUCUCGAGAGCAUACAAGAACUGACACCCGAACAAAAAGCCAAGAGUAUUGAAUCAUUGGUUGAAGGUUACCAAAAACAGCUCACAUUUAGGACUGAAAAUGGAUCCUUUACAACUUUUCCAGGUGGCUCUGCAAAUAUAUGGCUCACAGCAUUCACAAUCAAGGCUUUUAAUGGUGCACAGAAGUUCAUCUACAUAGACGAGAGCCACAUUCAACAGACGGUUAAUUGGCUGCAUAGCAAACAACAGCCUGAUGGAUGCUUCAGUGAGGAGGGAGAGUACUACAACAAUGAAAUAGAUAUAGAUGAUCCAGUGCCACGCACGGCCUACAUCACUAUUGCUCUCCUGGAACAUCACGUUGUAUACAAUGGAACUAUUGUAGAAAAUGCCCUGAGCUGUCUGAGGAAAUCAGUGGACCAAGCUACAUCAGAGAACACCCAGGCUCUCCUGGCAUAUGCCUUCACCUUAUCAGGAGACAAUGAGCUGAGAGAUCAGAUACUGAAGAAAUUGGAUAUAAGUGCUAUAACAAAAGCAUCUAAUGUAUAUGACGGAGAAAUGCAAAGAGCCUCAUAUGCUAUUCUCACCAUACUUUCUGAGAAGACAACAACCCCCAAGAAUCUGGAAGAUGCUGGGGAUCUCGUUCGUUGGAUUGUGAAACACCAAAAUGCAUGGGGCGGCUUCUAUUCUUCACAGGACACUACCUUAGCUAUUCAAGCACUGGCUCAAUAUGCCAAAGCUAUUAACCACAAGAAGGGGGAUUCAACAGUGACAAUAAAGUCAAAGUCCGGCUUUGAAAAGACAAUACAUGUGGACAAAAGCAACAAUCUUCUUGUACAAACAGUGGAUCUUCCAGAAAUUCCUGGAGAAUAUACUGUUAGUGCUACAGGCGAUGGCUUCGUCUAUUUACAGUCACAUUUACAUUGCAAUGUUUUGCCUGAGAAAACUGAAAAAGAAUACUUUUCCUUCAACGUAAGCACUGAGCCGUCUACUUGCAACCAUGCAUCUUGGAAAAGAUUUGAUGUGCAUAUAGAUGUCAGCUAUUCAGGGAAACGGGAAAACACCAAUAUGGCGAUGAUUAUAGUGGAGACUGUAUCUGGAUUCAUUCCUGAUAAGGACAGCGUGAAAAAGUUGAAGAAAAAUCCUCUUGUGGAGAGAACAGAAGUAUCAGCGGAGAACAUUACCAUUUACCUGUCCAAGCUCACACAUGAACCUGUAAGCUUUGUCUUUUCUCUGGAACAAGAAGCUCCAGUACAGAAUCUGCAGCCGGCCUCGGCUGUAGUAUUUGAUUACUAUGAUCCAGAAGAGUAUACUGUGGUCGAGUAUAGUGCCCCAUGCAGUGAAGUAAUACCUCACUGUGCAGUAUCUGCUGAAGAGAGAGAGGAUUGUGGAUACCCAAAUAUAUCACAGGAUCAAUGUCAUCAGAAAGGCUGCUGCUAUGACCACAGCAUCCCUGGAACCAAGUGGUGUUUCUUCCAAGGCUUUAGGAAGACACAAAAGCAUUAAUCGAGGGUCACUAACUGCACAACACACCGGCGACCUCUACUCUAGGGAAAAGUCCAUGACAACUUUACAAAGAGAGGAAGAGCGUCUGGUCAUAUACACCAUCAAAUUCUAUGUCCUACAAACAAACUCUCAAUAAAAUAUAAAUGUGUCCUGCU